AAAAGCGAACAACCGCUUCAAAUUGAAGUUUACACUUCAAGGCAGACUCUCUCUCGAUCUCUGUUCUUCUUCUUCUUCUUCAAACCCUCGUCAAGUCAAUCAACCUCUCUUCCUCCGAUCACCGCCGCAAAAAUGUCGUCGACCACCGCCGAAGACAAUCUCCAAGAGAAUCCUCUCUUAAAAGACUUCUAUUUCCCACCCUUCGAUGCCAUCGAGGCCAAGCACGUUCGCCCCGGGAUUCGCGCCUUGCUCAAGAAACUCGAGAGUGAAUUGAUUGAAUUGGAGAAGACUGUGGAACCGACAUGGCCGAAACUGGUUGAUCCGCUGGAGAAGAUUAUUGAUCGAUUGACUGUGGUUUGGGGGGCUGUUAAUCAUCUCAAGUCGGUUAAAGAUACUCCUGAACUCCGUUCUGCCAUUGAAGAAGUUCAGCCGGAGAAAGUUGAGUUUGAACUUAAAUUGGGGCAGAGUAAAGCAGUUUAUAAUGCAUUUAAAGCAAUUGGAGAAUCUUCUGACUGGGAAGCACUGAGUGAUGCUCGUAAACGUAUAGUUGAAUCUCAAUUGAAAGAGGCGAUUCUUAAUGGUGUCUCUCUCGAAGAUGAUAAAAAAGUCCAAUUUAACAAAUUUAAACAGGAGUUGGCUAGACUAUCUCAAAAAUUUGAGGAGAAUGUUUUGGAUGCCACAAAGAAGUUUGAAAAAUUAAUAACAGAUAAGAAGGAGAUUGAAGGUAUGCCAGCUUCUGCUCUAGGAUUGGCUGCACAAACAGCUGUAUCGAAGGGACAUGAAAACGCUACAGCUGAAAAUGGGCCAUGGGUGAUUACUUUGGAUGCGCCAAGUUUCAUGGCUGUGAUGCAACAUGCUCGAAACCGAGCUUUGCGUGAGGAAGUCUAUCGUGCUUAUGUAUCCCGUGCUUCUAGUGGAAAUCUAGACAAUACUGCAAUUAUUGACCAAACUUUGAAGCUUAGGUUGGAAAAAGCUAAGCUUCUUGGCUACAAUAAUUAUGCUGAGGUAAGCAUGGCUACCAAAAUGGCAACUGUUGAUAAAGCAGAAGAGCUCCUAGAAAAGCUUCGAAGUGCUUCUUGGAAUUCUGCAGUCCAAGAUAUGGAAGACCUCAAACACUUCUGCCAAACUCAAGGUGCCCCUGAAUCUAAUGAUUUGAAGCAUUGGGACAUCAACUUUUGGAGUGAGAGGCUUCGUGAAUCAAAGUUUGAAAUAAAUGAGGAAGAAUUACGCCCGUAUUUCUCAUUGCCAAAAGUCAUGGGUGGCCUUUUCAUCCUCGCAAAGAUGCUUUUUGGGAUUGUUGUCGAACUAGCUGAUGGGUUAGCUCCGGUUUGGAACAAGGAUGUGAGAUUCUACUGUGUGAAAGAUUCUUCAAGCAGUCCGAUCGCAUACUUCUAUUUUGAUCCAUUUUCUCGUCCAUCUGAAAAACGUGGAGGUGCUUGGAUGGAUGAGGUUGUUGGUCGAAGUCGUGUAUUUUCACUAGAUGGUACCUCUCCUAGGUUGCCUGUUGCUCAGAUGGUGUGCAAUCAAAUGCCACCAGUAGGAAACAAACCAAGCCUAAUGACAUUCCGUGAGGUUGAGACAGUCUUCCAUGAGUUUGGUCAUGCACUACAGCAUAUGCUGACGAAGCAGGAUGAGGGUCUGGUUGCUGGUAUUCGAGGCAUAGAGUGGGAUGCUGUUGAAUUACCCUCUCAAUUCAUGGAAAAUUGGUGUUAUCAUAGGGAUACUUUGAUGAGCAUAGCAAAGCACUAUGAAACUGGGGAGUGUCUUCCUGAAGACAUAUAUAGGAAGCUCCUUGCAGCUCGAACUUUUCGUGCAGGCUCCCUAAGUCUUCGUCAGUUGAGAUUUGCAUGUGUUGAUCUGGAGCUGCAUAGCAAGUAUGUUCCUGGUGGAUCAGAAUCAAUCUAUGAUAUUGAUCAGAGGGUUAGUAAAAGAACACAAGUGAUCCCUCCAAUACCAGAGGACAAGUUUCUUUGCAGUUUUAGCCAUAUAUUUGCAGGUGGAUACGCUGUUGGAUACUAUAGUUACAAAGUGGCAGAGGUAUUGUCUGCAGAUGUUUUCUCUGCAUUUGAGGAUGCUGGACUAAAUGAUGAUAAGGCUGUCAAAGAAACUGGGCACAGGUUCCGGGAGACUAUACUUGCUCUUGGAGGUGGAAAAGCACCACUAGAGGUUUUUGUGGAAUUCCGAGGGCGUGAACCUUCUCCAGAGGCACUGCUGAGGCACAAUGGGCUAUUGCCAGUUUCAGCCUCUGCUUGAAAUGUGAAUGAUGAAUUUCUAGAAGUUUAAGAGGGGCCCUGAAAGAAGAUGAUGAUUUCAACCUCUCGAGUAAUAUUUAUGUCAUGGUUCACUUCAUAUAAGACUCUAUUAGAAUCUAAAUGCCUUCAUCCAUGAUUAAGGGAUGUUUUGUGCAAUUAGUGGACAAAAUAAACUUUCUUUCUGACUUGUUUCAUUUUUUAAUAAUUUGUAGUAUGCCUACUGUAAAUUGUUCAAAGCAUUGGCAUCACAUUAGCCAACAAGAGUUUCAAUAUUUACUUUUCAAGGCGAAGUUAUGAUUAUCUCAUCUA